AUGUCCAGUUCUACUACACCUAUCGGAACUCCGUCAAACGAGUUUAAUCCAAACACACUCCCCUUCAAUGACCCCAAAGUUUCCAAAAAAGUGGCAAUAGUCACAGGUGGCAAUUCUGGAAUUGGAUAUUUUACAGUACUCCAUUUAUACAUGCACGGAUGGACGGUAUAUAUGGCUGCUCGAAACCCCACAAAGGCCAGCGAUGCGAUUGCCAAAGUCAAGCAAGAAGCAACAGAAAGAAAACAAAGUUUACCAGCCGAAGCAGUGUUUGGCUCACUUGAAUUUGUGAAAUUGGACCUGUCGUCACUUGCUCAGGUUAAACAGGCAACUGCCGAAUUUAUAAAAAAAGAGUCUCAGUUGGAUCUUCUCAUCAAUAAUGCUGGGGUUAUGUUAGUGCCCAUCCAAAUGACUGAAGAUAACCUUGAUAUUCAAAUACAAACAAAUCAUGUCAGUCCGCUAUUUUUCAGUCUUUGUUUGAUUCCAUUACUUGAAAAGUCAAAAAACCCACGCAUUGUUAUGGUUUCUUCAGAUGCAUACUCAGCAUCGACUGACCCUGAAGACAUUAGCGAAUUAUACAGAUGCUGGCCAACCUUUAUUUCUGGAUGGCGUCGGUACGGUAAUAGUAAAACAGCAAUCAUUCAGGCAACAAAAGUUUUAGCUAAAAGAUACCCGAACAUUCUCAGUGUGUCUUUGCAUCCAGGUGUCAGCUUGGAGUCUGGGUUAAUGGAUCACUGGAAAAACAUGCCGGUGGUGGGAUAUUUGAUUAAGGGCCUCGGUGUAUUGGCCAAACGCAUGUCUCUGGAGGAAUGUUGCUAUAACACUCUUUUUACCGGGCUUUCACCAGAUGUCAAUAUAGAGACUAGUAAUGGAGAGUACUUUAUGCCAGUUGGUUACGAUACUGAACUGUUGGAUUUCUGUACUGAUAAGAAGAAGAUUGAUCGUACUUGGGCAUGGACCACGACACAGCUUGUCAGUCGUGGCUUUCUCAAGUCUGAAGAAGCCAAAAACGGCUAUAUUAUUAAUAGCAAUACCAAUGGAAUGGACAAUAUAAUGCGGAUCGAAUCGCUCUUGUGCCAAAGUAUAACAGACUCUGAGUCAAUGGUGGUAAAUUUUGAGUACAAUCCCCAUGCUCUCUUGUGUGCACCUACCAACUACCUCGAGUUUGAUUCUUCGGAAUCAAGCCUACAAUCACAAGAAUGUCUAAACGCAGGGUCAUCGUGGCACACUCCAAAAGGAGAGAGAAAAAAACCUGUGCGCAAAAGACGUACCCCUAAAGUAAGCCCAGAACCCUCAAACAAUGACUGCGCGUCACCCAGGUUUCGGUUUGUCAAUUAUGCUCAACACCACUGGGCACCCCAGCCUCCAUCUCCGUCACUUCCACUAUCUCUCAAUCAUCAGGUGGAAGAGGACAAAAGUCAAGUUAGAGAUGAAGAGACAAUAUGUACUGGAGAAGAUACUGAUGCUGUUUGUCAAAAUGGGUUUUGGGCUGAAGCCUUUUUGCGUGAAUGUGGGAUUGUGUAUGAGGACUCUGCAAUUUCGGCAUGCAAUUCUGCAGUUUCUAUGAAUGAGUAUGACAGCGAAUUUGAGGAGGUUCAAGUAGCAAACCUUGGAGAUAAGAAAUCAGAAAUGGUACGGAGCUCAGCACCAUCUCCAGAGCCAGUAUCGUUUCGAUUUAAACAGUACUCUGGUGUAGAAAUGGAAAAGGUAGUACGCAUGACAAAAGAGCGUGCACGAAAGAAAAACAAGGGCCCAUCACCGUGGAGAGUUGUGAAUAAAGAGAUUCGCAACUGUGGAAGUGGUGUGAGCAAGACACUUAGAAAAAAACAGUCAUAA